AUGGGAGUCCGUCAUGUCUUAGGGACAGGCAAGUACUUAGGGCUGCCCUCGAUGAUCGGGAGGAGUAAAAAGUCUACUUUUGCUUUCAUCAAAGACCGCAUUUGGCAACGAAUUAAUUCUUGGAAAGGUCGGUCCCUGUCAAAAGCCGGUAAAGAAGUCAUGAUUAAAUCGGUUCUCCAAGCUAUCCCGGCUUACGUGAUGAGUAUAUUUAUUUUGCCCGAAGCAGUGAUUAAUGAUAUUGAGAGAAUGUUGAAUGCUUUUUGGUGGGGUGGAGGUUCUAACAGCAAGGGUGUCCGUUGGAUGGCGUGGGAUCGUUUAGCUUGUUCUAAGAAGGAUGGAGGUCUUGGUUUCAGAGAUUUUAGAGCUUUUAAUAUGGCUAUGGUGGCUAAGCAAGGAUGGUUUAUUAUGAGUCACCCGAAUUCUUUAGUGUCUAGAUUCUUCAAAGCAAGGUACUUCCCAAAAACAUCUUUUUUUGAAGCUAAUCUUGGUUCUAAUCCUAGUUUUGUAUGGAGGAGUAUUUGGAAAACUAGAGAUCUUCUUAUGCUCGAUUGUAGGUGGAGUAUAGGUGAUGGUAGCCAGAUUAAGGUUAUGGAGGAACCUUGGAUUCGGGGAAAAGAUGAGAGGUGUGUUCCGGGUCCUCAACAACAUGGUAUCUAUAAUAUGGUGGUUAAAGAUUUGUUGUUGCCAAACGUAAAACAGUGGAAUAUGAGGUUGAUUAGAGAGCUGUUCGAUUUUCCAGGAGCGGAAGCUAUUACUUAUGUCCCGUUAGUGGAGGACGUUGUUGUUGACCGUUUGGUGUGGAGGGAGGAGAAAGAUGGUCAAUAUAGUGUUCGAUCCAGUUAUUGUGUUUGA